GUUCCUAAUGUUUUUCAAAUCUCUGUUGUUUUAAUAAAUUUGUUUUUAUUGAGCUAACUUGCUAUUUUUUUACAUGGUGAAACGAUGGGAGUUUAACUCAAAAGUGAUCAUCCGUGGGAAGAUAGUUUGAACGUAAUUAAACUAAUUUGGAAUAGAAAUAGUACACUUUAUUGUGCGGACCGAUUGUAUUUGUGUCCACUUAUUUAUAUAUAAGUUGUCUGAUGCAAAAAUUUGUGUAAUUCGCCAAGGUACGAACAUUUGACGGACUGGAAUGUUCAGUACAAUAUUAAAAUGAGCGUAAUAAAAAAAUGUUACCUUCUUGAACCGGAUAUUUUUCGGAUGAUUCAAUAUAAUAGAAAUAUUAUAUGGUUAGAAAAUUUUUAUUCAUACUUAAUAUCAGCACUUAGUAAUAUAUUAAUCAACACCAUAAAUUCAGUAUAUUUGUUUCAGUUAAUUAUGGCUCUGCCUGAAGGAUUUCACUCUUCUCUGGACUAUUUUAGAGCAACCUUAGCUUUUCUCCGUGAUCAUUCUUGGAUAUAUAUCACUCCAAACACUCGAUUCAUAAAAGCCGGAUUGUUGGAAAAGAUUCCAUCAGAUUAUAUCAACUAUUUUUUGCACUUGAAAAACUCUGAAUUAAAUAUAUUCCCAUUUUUGCAUGACAAUGAGGACUUUCACAAUGGUAUUGAUUCCAUUGCUUUGCAAACAUUUCGCUCAGUACUACGCGGCCUUAUACCAAAAGAAGUACACGAUUCGAAAAGUACACCAAAUCAACUAGAAUUGCUUCCAAAAUGCCGACUUAGGAAGAUGAGUGUAAAAAAACAACACGAAAUUGUGCAAUUAACUAAAGUUAUAAAGACUCAAUGUAAUGAUAUACACUUACUUAUUGACUUUGGAGCUGGUUUGGGUUACCUUAGUGAGACGUUGUGCAGCAUUAACAAAAGUUGGCGUAUUCUGGGCCUAGAAGCAGAUGUGUUUCGAGUAAUGGGUGCACGUAAACGUCUGAGACAACAGAUAUCUGAAAUGAGUGAACGUGUCACUUAUGUUCAGCAAUUUAUUGAACCGAAUGCAGGCAAUGCUAUUAAAUAUCAUAUUUCAAGAAGUGGAUUGACAGGUCUGACUAAAUGGGCUAUUAUAGGCUUACAUGCUUGUGCUGAUUUAUCGGUUACAUCUAUAAAGUUAUUUUUUGAAAUGGCAGAAGUUAAACGUUUGGUUAUCAUGCCAUGUUGUUAUCACAAGCUGAGCCAAACUAGUAAUGGUCACUUUUUAAAUUUUCCGUUAAGUACUACGUUAAAGUCUGCGGUCACUGAAGCGGAUACAAAUGUGUUGAGCUACUUUAAUCGUCCUUUUUUGCGUCUGGCUUGUCAAGAGACCAGCGCUCGUUGGCGGCAUUGUUCAGAGGAGGAGCACGUGGCACACGGAGAGCAGAUGUUCUGGCGUGCCGUAGCCGAUGCCAUCAUUGACGAUGAAACGGAAGUAAUCGCAACUAUACCGAAAAGCCAACGACCUAAUAAUGAUUGGAGUGAAAUUAAAAGUUUUUCAACUUUUCGACAGAUGUAUAAAGUGAGAUCAAAGAGAGCGGAUGCAGAGUUUUUAGUGGCAGACAUGUGGAAUAAUGAGCACAGAGAUAAAUUUAAAAAAGUCGUUGAAAAAUAUGCCGAGGUUGGCCCCAAGUUGGCAGAAGCAUUGACUUGUUUGCAAACAACAAUACAGAAACUUUGCGAGAAUAUUGUUCUUUAUGAUCGAGUAUGUUAUAUGAACGAAUACGCAGAGACACAGACAAAUUUAAAAAUAAUGGUAAAAUAUCAUAAAAUUCUUGAUGAGAAGUUAUCACCUCGUUGCUUUGCCUUAAUCGCCGAAAAAUUUUAGCAUAAAUGCUGUUGAAGUUUAACUUUAGUUUUUAUUUCAACAGCAUUAAGAAUAAAGUGUCUGUAAUGUAAAUGUGCAAAUAUGUUUGAAGAGUGUGAUAAUCGUCUUCUUCCGCUUCCAGCAGUAUCUAUAAAUAGGCACUUAAUACAAUUAACCUAAGGGUAAAAGCUUAUAAAAUAUGUCGACUUAUUUACACGUAAGAGUAUGAACGCUUCUUUAUAUAAAACAAGAACCACUUUCAUUUAAAAACAUUUAUACUCCGAUUUAACAAAUAAUUGAUAUCACAAGAAGAGACAAAGUUCAUUACCCAAUACAAUAUAUUUAAUAAUACACAGUUUAAUGAACAAAUAUAUUUAAAUAACACAUUCUUACAUAAAAAUAUGCACACAUCUAAAUAAGUAUACAGGAUAUCAUAAUAUUCUUAUAAGAUUAGGAUGUCAAAGUUUUUUUUGGCAUUAACCAUAUGUAUAAAUAACUACCUAUAUAUGCCAUAAAUUGAUACCUUUAACCUUUACCUUUUACCACGAAAUUUCUAAACUUUGGUAUAAAUUAAUUAUGUAAUUAUGUUUAGCUACAAUGAAGGAAAUUUUAAAUUCGGCUGAAAUAAAAUUGCAUACAUACAAAGAGGCAUAUAUAUACCUUCGUUGUGUUUAAGUAUUAUAUAUAUAUGUAUGUAUAUACAUACAUAUAUGCUUUCAUAUAAAGUAAUAAAUAAGAUUAA